AUGAAUGUAAAAUAAGAAUUGAUUCAUUAAAUUACAGAUGAAUCAAUUGAUUUACAAGUUGCAAAAGAUAUACUAUCAGAAGCAGUUAUUGAGAAUCCAAGUAUAAAAAUAAUAAGUUAUAAUAGAGGUUCUUGGUUAAAUUUUUGAAUAGAAAUUAAAUAUGCAUGCUCUAUGUAUUUUGCAUUACUCAUUAAGAGAAUAUACACCCCUUUCAUCUUUGAUAGCAGAACAUUUUCUAAAUAAGAAUAUUUGUGCUUAAUCCUCUAUAAUUAAGAUCUACUAUUCAUAUUUAUAGAAAACAGCAUCAGUUCAUGAAUUGUAUUAAGCUAUUAAGAAUGAAAAAGUAGAAAAAUUAGACAAUCCAUAGAUAGUAGUUAUUACUGCUCAUAAGGUUUAAAAUUUAUCUAAUGUGGGACUUCAAUUACUCACAUUAUAUACACCUUCCUUUAAAAAUAUGUAAAUAUAAGUCUAUGAAGAUGUGUACGAUUAUGCACAAUUUGUAAAAGAUUAAUUUAUUCAUAUCAUAGGUAUUACUACUAAUUAAAUAGUUUAGAUAGUUAUCCAACAUUCUCAUCAUCAGCAACAAUUAGUUUAUAUUAAAUUUAUAAUGAUGUGUUAAUAUAGGAUGCAGAGUUGAAUGAUUUUAGAAGAUGUUGUAAUGAUAAUACUCUUAAAUAACCUACCAAAUUAAAUAUUUAAGAAACUCUAUUAUCUGAUUUUUUGAGUCUUUCUUCAUCACUAAUGCUUGUAAGUGCUAAUACUCUUAGACCACUCAAUAUUCCAACCAAAUUAUUACCAUGUGGAGGUCAAGAAUAACAAGUUAUGAGAUAUUACAAAAAGUUUUAUUCAAUUAGUUGA